UGCACACAAACCCUGACAUUCACUUCGGACUCUACUUCAGCUGAAGCAUCUACACUGCACUCUUUAACCUGGACAGGGACAACAACUGCAUCCCAAACAUGGCUGGUAAGCUUGGAUCCACCAGAACAAAUGAUGAGCAGCUGAGGAUUGUGAUGGUGGGGAAGACUGGAAUUGGAAAGAGUGCUACUGGAAACACCAUUUUCGGUCGUGACUGCUUUGAAUCCAAGUUCAGUGCCAAGUCUAUGACUGUAGACUGUGAAAAAGGCAAAGCUACAGUGGAUGGGCAGCGUGUUGCUGUCAUUGACACCCCGGGCCUGUUUGAUACCAGGUUUGGGAAGGAGAAAACAACAAAAGAUAUCUCCCAGUGCAUCUCCUAUGCUUCUCCAGGACCACAUAUCUUCUUGGUGGUCAUCAGACUGGGCAGAUUCACUGCAGAAGAGAAGCAGACGGUGAAAUGGAUUCAGGAAGUCUUUGGUGAUGAUGCAGACAGAUACAGCAUGGUUCUCUUUACUGGUGGGGACCAACUUGGUAAAACUCCUAUUGAAGAGUUCUUAGAAGAAAGCCCAGAGCUGCAGGAAGUCGUGGCCAGAUGUAAUAAUCAGUACCACGUCUUCAAUAAUAUGCUGAAGGAGCGCUCUCAGGUCACUGAGCUGCUCCAGAAGAUCAGAGAGAUAGUCCAGAACAAUGGAGGAAGCCACUACACCAACAAGAUGUUCCAAAAGGCUGAGAGGGUGCUUGAAGAGGAGAAAGAAUGCAUCCUGAGAGAGAAAGAAGAACAAAUACAGAAAGAAAAGGAGAAAAUUGAGAGGGAAAUACAGGAAAGAUAUCAGAAAGAGAUGCAGAAACUUAAUGAACAACUCCAGGGUGAGCGAGAGAAGGACAGGAAGGAGAGAGAGGAGGAGAGGAAGGAGAUGGAGAAGUUAAAGAAAAAGUUUGAGCAAGAACUGAAAGAAGAAAAAGAAAAGGUUCAGUCCAGGUAUGACAGUGAGGCCAGAGAUGAAGCUGAGAAACGCAAUCCAUUACAGAAGUUAGUUUAUCAUGCAGGUGAAGCAUUUAAAUCUUUCCUAAGUCUAUUUUCCUAAAGUUUUAAUUUUUUAAAAUUUCUUUUCUUUUUUUAAUUAAGAGUUGCCCUGCACAUCAGGGCUUUUUGCAUGAUGUCACAGAUAGUUCAACAAUAAUAUUUCUUGGAUGUUUUGCAAGGCUCCUGUAACAUUUGGCAGUUUGCUGCUCUGAAGCUUUUUCUUCCCUGUUCCGUUUAUCUAGCUGUAGUUUUCACACAGACCUCAGAUCUUGUGGUCAUAAAACACCCGUUUAUGUUAUCUUAGUGAAUGAUUUAAUUAGCUGAAGUAGAGUUAUACUGUGGCCUUUUAGGGCCAUUCAUGAUACAAUAGAUACUAACUGCAUCUGUAUGUGUGUAACAUUUUUACCAACACAUUUAAGUUUUGCAUGAAAACAGAGAGCAUAUCGUUGUCUUUCUCUCGGCGUUGGCUCUGUGAUGGACUGUUGACCUGCACAGGAUGUCCCUGACCUCCCACUCUGUAACAGUGUCUCCAGUAGAUCAGCACUUAAGAAAUUUGAUGCACUGAUCCUGAGAGUUCUUUUCAAAUUCUCUUGUUAGCAGUGAUAUUUAGUUUUUGUUGUGAGAUUUACUUUUCUUCACUUGCUCUAACACUUGCAUUGAUAGUUUUUCUCGUAUGAGUCCCUGAUUUGAAUUUGGAUCCGGUUUUUGGGGUUUGGUUUUUGAACUUUUUCCUGCCCUUUGCCUCAUUGUUUGCUUUGCUUGUUGCCUUCACAUGUAUGACUCAUAGCCUGACAAUAAAGUUUUAGAUUUGUGGCCUCACCUUUAUAAUUUUAUGAACAGGUUCUUCUUGUUUCACACUGUUGUUUCAUUUAAAAUAA